AGCCCGCCUAAGGGAACCUACGGAGGCCUAGGGGUGAGAAGGCUGACCCGGGUUAGGAGUUUGAAAGUGUCACGGGGAAUAGUGGAGCAAGUGAGCAUCGGCCCCUUCUCCCUGCUCUCCUUUAUCCUUAGGGGUCGGUAGCUGUCGGCCCAGGGCCUGGUGUAUGGCCAUGGACUUACGGGGUUCGGACUCCGUGCCCGGUCAAAACCAUGAAGUAAAUUCUGUCUUUACCCCAAGCUCCGAGCCGCUGCGACCUGGCGGCCGGAUCUCAGAUCAAGCCGGGGGAAACAGCGCUUCUGAGGCCAAGCCGACUGUCCCUACAGGGCAAGCUCAUUCUAGUGAACCCGCUGAACGGGACCCUCAGGCGUGCAGCACAGCCAGCCUCAACUCAGAGAGCAAAGGUGGCAUUGGCAACUGUGACGCACCAGCCGGCGAAUCCCUCCUAGGGAACUACGAACUCUCCCAGCAGAUCGGGACGCAGCUUAAACUGCUGCCGAUGAAUGAUCAGAUCCGGGAGCUGCAGACCAUCAUCCGGGACAAGACAGCCAGUAGAGGGGACUUCAUGUUUUCUGCAGAUCGUUUGAUCAGACUUGUUGUGGAAGAGGGGUUGAAUCAACUGCCAUAUAAAGAAUGCAUGGUGACCACCCCAACAGGGUACAAGUAUGAAGGAGUGAAAUUUGAGAAGGGAAAUUGUGGGGUCAGCAUAAUGAGAAGCGGUGAGGCAAUGGAACAAGGUUUACGAGACUGCUGUCGAUCUAUACGAAUUGGAAAGAUCCUGAUUCAGAGUGAUGAGGAAACACAAAGAGCCAAAGUAUAUUAUGCCAAAUUCCCUCCAGACAUUUACCGGAGAAAAGUUCUUCUGAUGUAUCCAAUUCUCAGCACUGGAAAUACUGUAAUUGAAGCUGUAAAGGUUCUUAUAGAACAUGGAGUUCAACCCAGUGUUAUUAUCCUACUCAGCCUGUUCUCCACUCCUCAUGGGAAUAUGGCAGGGUAGGAAGGCCCUAAACUAAUAUUAUCCCAUGGAUACAACUAGAUGACAUUGCAUCAGAGCAAACAACCCAGAAAAGGACCCAAAGACUGGCUGAACAAACGCCACAACAAAAUGUAGAUAAGAGGCCAUAUUAAAGAAGGUAGGAAGGGUGAGGACUUGGUGGGAACCUAAAACCCAUGGGGCUGACCACCAGAAGGAGGGAGCUGUGGGUUCAUAGAAUGGUGAGAAACAGAUUAGUACACUGGGGAGCCUACAAAGGGAAGGGAAAUCCCCACAGCAUUUGACUUUGAAAAUCAGAGGGGCUGAAUUUCAUGAAUGCUUACAACUAGUGGGACUUAAAGCCUGGAAUUUUAAAAAUCAGUGGGCUUUCCUGUGAGAGAGCCCAGAGGGCUAUAGGAGCUGAGCCCUUGGUGCUAAAGAGAAAAACACAGCAAACAGCCUGUGGAGAUACAGCUUGGAAGCAGCAGUUUGAACGUUGCCCAGGGCUUAUGGGAGGGAGAGCUAGUUACUAAUCUCAGAGUUUGCUCAGGGACUUUACCAGGUACACAGGAUCUGACAGGCGCUGAUUCUCUCCCCUACCUGUCACUAUAAACACACAGACACCUGCAGGAACCAACGCUGCACCAGCACUUACUACCUCAAUUGCUUACACUGUGCUCUGCCCCCUUCAGCCAGACUUGCCUCAGUCCUGGUACUUUGGAUACCCUCUCCCAGAAGACCCACACAAACUUUGAAAACACUGCUCCUCCUGACCUCCCAUGGAGGACAAGCACACCUUGUUAAAAGUGCACACCUUGCCCACACAUGCUUUGUAGAGCAGCCCAGCCAGGUCAACAUAGUGGCUGGCACAUCCCUUAUGGAAGAAUACUGAAGCCCACAGCUUGUGGCAUUGUGGAGUUAUUUUUAGAGAGUGUAUUUUAAGCCCUGGGAAAGUGAAUGGGGCAAUUCCUGAAAUGUCAGAGGUGUUCUGGUCUCAAGGCUGUCGAACUCGAUAGCACUAUGAGAUCCAGAGCCCCAUGAUUCCCCAGGGGCCUGUUAGGGAACAGACCCAUUAUAAUUGCCUAGCAGUCCUUGAAACUGUACAUCUUCCCUGCAUGUUUUCAUGUAAACACAAGAUGUGUGUUUGGUCUAUGUCUGGGGUUCUUUGUGGUUUCCUCCCAUUGCUUCGACAUUCUUUGAUGUUUAUAUCUGGCAAACAAGAAAUAAAGACUAUAUGCAGUUUGCUGCUGCUGCUGCUGUUUCACUGGCAUAGGCAGCCCUGCACAUCCUCUCAGUCUAAGUGUCUGGGAACCUUUUCUUCAGUAUGUGGCUACAUGGCAUUGUGCCCCUGCCUAACUUUGCACACUUUGAGAAGUGCCCCUGCUGGCUCUGCAAGCUUUGUGGAGCUCCUCCUCCUGCUGGAAGAGGACCAGGGCUACGUAGUUAAAAGGGUAUAUCUGGCCCACUACUUUCAAGAGCAAGAAACAUAGUUGACUUUACUAACACAAAUAUAAAGAGGUAGUCAAAAUGAGGAUACAGAAGAAUAUGUCACAAAAAAGGACAGGACAAAAUGACAGCAAGAGACCUAAGUGAAAAAAACAUAAGUAAAGUGUCUGAUAGAGAAUUUAAAGUAAUGUUAUAAUGAUAUUCACUGGAUUUGAGAAGAGUAGAGAACAUCAGUGAGACCUUAAGAAAGAGAGAGAAAACAUUAAAAAAAGAACCAGAGAGGAAGAACACAAUAAAUGAAAUUAAAAAUACACUUAAUGGAGUAAAUAGUAGGCAGGAAGAAACAGAAGAAUGAAUUAAUGAACUAGAACACAGAGUAAUGUGAAGUAAUAAAGCUGAACAAAUGACAGAAAAAAGAAUUAUGCAAAAUGAGAAUAGACUUAGGGAACGUGGUGACUGAAGCAAGCAUAAUAACAUUUUCAUUAUGGGGAUCCCAGAAGAAGAGAGAAAAAAAAGGGGAGGAAAAUUUACUUGAAGAAAUAAUAGCUGAAAACACCCCUAAUCUAGCAAAAGAAACAGAUAUCCAGGUCCAGGAGGCACAGAGAUCCCCCAACAAAAAUCAACCAAAGGAGGUCCACACCAAGACACAUAGUAAUAAAAAUGGAAAAAGUAGUGAUAAAAAAAUUUAAAGCAUCAAGAGAAAAGAAAACAGUUAGAUACAAGGGAAACCCCAUAAGGUUAUAAACAGAUUUUUCAGCAGAAACUUGGCAAGCCAGAAAGGAGUGACAUGAUAUAUUCCAGGUUCUGAAAGGGAAAAUCUGCAGCCACCGAGGCUAUCAUUCAGAACAAAAUAAGAUACAGAGUUUCUCAAACAAAAGCAAAAGGAAUUCAUGACCAGCUUUCCAUGAAAUAUUAAAGGGGACUCUUUGAGUGGAAAGGAAACACCAAAGUGACUAUGUAAAAUAGGAAACACAAAAGCAGUAAAAACAAGUAUUUCUAUAAAAAGUCAUUCAAUGUAUUCACAAAAUAAAAGGGUGGGAAAUAUGACACCAAACACCUAAAAUGUGUGUGGGGAGGGAGAAGUAAAGCGUGGGUUCAAACUUAAACAAUGGUCAACUUAAUAUAGACUGCUAUAUGCAGAAGUUAUAUACAAAACUAAUGGUAACCACAAAUAAAAAAACACUAUUUGCUGGAGAGACAUUAUUUUUAGCAUUGUAUAUUCUUUCCUGCUUCAUCAAAAAUUAAUUGAUCAUAUGGUUGUGGUUUCAUUUCUGCAUUUCCAUUCGGUUCUAUUGAUUUAUGUGUCUAUUUUUGUGCCAGUAUCAUAUUGUUUUGAUCACUAUAGCUUUGUAAUAUAAUUUGAAGUCUGGAAUUGUGAUGCCUCUAGCUCUGGUUUUCUUUUUCAAGAUUGCUUCAACUAUUUGGGAUCUUUUGAUAUUCUAUACAAAUUUUAGGAUUGUUUGUUUAGCUCUGUGAAAAAAUGCUGGUGAUAUUUUGAUAGGGAUUGCAUUAAAUGUGUAGAUUUCUUUGUGUAGUGUACACAUUUUAACAAUAUUAGUUCUUCCAAUCCAUAAGCGUGGAAUGUUUUUCCAUUUCUUAGGUAUCUUAUGGUUUUUGGUGUAAUUGUCAAUGGGAUUGAUUCCUUGAUUUCUCUUUCUGCUGUUUCAUUAUUGGUGUAUGAAAAUGCAAAACAGAUUUAUGUAUGUUCAUUUUGUAUGCUGUGACUUUACUGGAUUUGUGUAUCAGUUCUAGCACUUUUUGGUGGAGUCUUUUCAGUUUUCUAUACAGGGUAUCAUGUUGUCUGCAAAUAGUGACAGUUUGAUUUCUUCCUUGCCAGUUUGGAUGCCUUUUAUUCAUUUUUCUUGUUGAUUGCUCUGGCUAGGACUUCCAGUACUAUGUUAAAUAGUAAUGGUGAUAGUGGACAUCCUUGUCUUAUUCCUGACCUUAGGGGGAAAGCUUUCAGUUGUUCACCCUUGAGUAUGAUGUUAGCUAUGGGUGUUUAUUUAUUUAUUUAUGGUCUUUAUUAUGUUGAUGUAUGUUCCAUCGAAACCUACUUGGUUGUGGGAUUUUAUCAUGAAUGGAUGUUAUACUUUUGUCAAAUGCUUUUUCUGUGUCUAUUGAAAUGGUCGUAUUUUUUAUCCUUUCUUUUAUUGAUGUGACAUAUCACACUGAUUAAUAUGCAAAUACUGAACCACACUUGCAACCUGGGAAUAAAUCCUACUUGAUUGUGGUGAAUUAUUUUUUUAAUGUCUUGUUGGAUCCAGUUUGCUAACAUUUUGUUGAGGAUUUUUGCAUGUAAAUUCAUCAGAGAUAUUGGCCUAUAGUAUUCUUUUUUGUAGUGUAUUUAUCUGGUUUUGGUAUCAGCAUAAUGCAGACCUCUCAUAGAAUGAAUUUGCAAGUUAUACUUCCUCUUGUAUUUUUUGGACUAUUUUGAGAAUAGAUAUUAACCCUUAUUUCAAUGUUUGGUAGAAUUCACCUGUGAAGAAAUUUGAUCCUGUAGUUUUGUUUCUUGGGAGUUUUUUGAUUAGUGAUUCAAGCCCAUUGCUGGUAACUGUUCAAAUUUUCUAUUUGUUACUGAUUCAAGUUUUGGAGGUUAUAUGUUUCUAGGAACUUAUCCAUUUUUUUCUAGGUUGUCCAAUUUGUUGGCAUAUAGUUUUUCAUAUAUUCUCUUAUAAUUGUAUUUCUAUGGUGUCAGUUUUCAUUUCUCCUCUUUUUUUAUUUGUUUAUUUGCAUCUUCUUCC